AUCGGAGUGUCCAAAAAUACCAUAACUACUUUUAGUUGCUUUUAUAAAAGUGUGUUCGAUGGUGACGCUGUGAGGGUGACGUGAGUGAUCCCCAGUUUGAGUUCUGCUGUGAUUUGUGGCAGACCGCUGUUUUGAAAAGGUUUCAUGUCGUCUGUAGGAUACUUCCAGAGGAGUAAUUUCAAGAUGAGGAGGGAUAUGUUUUGUAACGGAACAAUGAAAUAUGUUUGUCGACUGCAGUGAAGUUCCUGAACAAUAAUUGGUACAUCGAGAGGAAACUGGAGAAAUGAAUGAAUGAUCUCUUUAGCAUAUUUUUACCAGUGAUGCGUGUAUUGCAGAUGAACAAUGAUUUCAGAAGCUGUAAAUUUGCAAUUAAAAAUGAUCAUUUGAAAGUUCAGUACAAGGAAAAGGGACAAAUGUGGUCAACGAUUGAAAGCAAAACCUUUCAAGUUUUUCAGUGUGCUUGUGAUAAUCUUUUCCCAUUUAAACAUCCUUGGUCCAGAAAAAAAAUAAUAUUGUUAAGUGUUAAACAAUCCAUGUGAUUGCCGGCAUGGUAUCAGUGGUGUAGCUGGCAUUCAAUCAGUUCAGGGCGGCGGUACAAAGUAAAUUACACAAAACUAAUGUACUACUAGUUCUGUAAGCAGUAAAAUUUACAAUUCACGAUGUAUAAAUAUCCAUGUGAAUUGACUCAGUUGUGUGGUGUACGUACGGCCAGAUGCUAUUUCUUACUAUGUUGGAGUAAACAGAUUAUGGGUUGUAGUACUUUUAGUUGUCCAUACUCCAUUUCCUGUUGUUAGUUUUCCAAGAAUCCACUGUGCAUUAUUGUCUGUAAGCUGCUUACGCCAGUCUGAGGCUAGAACUUUAGGUAGCUUUGGUGGUAACUGGGAACAAUGGGUCGACCACUGAGGGAAGUCCUUAAAGAUCCUAAUAUUCUGGAAGCGCUUAGAAAGGAUCCUGAAGGAUUCGUGUUCAAAGAAGCUCCAUCCGUCGUCAUAACGAUGGUUUCUUGGCCUACGCACACUCAGCUGAGGUUGGAGGACAUGAACUCGGCUGUAGUUUUGGCGGGAAUCCCAACCAACUUCCCGAUCGCUGGUCCGAUGUCGUAUGUGCUGGAGAUUCUCUCUACGACGUUGAAUUUCACGUACAAGCAGGUAGUUCCUCCUGAUGUCUCUUGGGGAGUCCGGUCACCGAAUGGAACUUGGUCCGGAAUGGUCCGCCAGGUGUUGGAAAAGGAGGUCGACAUGGCGCUGGGACCCUUCCAGGUCAUUGAGAGCCGAAACCAGGUCAUAGACUUCUCUACUCCCUUCUUUUUUGACACUCUGUCCUUCAUGGUAGCUAGAGGAAGCGACAAGAUCGACCCCUGGGGUUUUCUUAUGCCCUUCAAUCCUAAUGUGUGGGGAGCGUUCUUCCUGUGUCUCCUGGCCAUUUGUCUGGCUCAUUUCGCGUGUGACCUCACCCAGAAUCCACCUACGAAUCUGGCGCACAGGUUCGGGAGCGUUGUCAUGGACUAUAUUCGACCUCCAAUGAACCAAGCUAUUCGCAAGAAAGUGACAAAGAACUGGCAUCGACCCUUGCUGGGGUCGUGGACAAUCUUGGCCCUGUUGCUGAACUUCAGUUACGAGGGAAACCUUCGGUCACUGAUGGCCCUGAGAUACAUCCCGCAUCCAAUUCAGACUGUCAGGGACGCCAUCGAAGCAACGAACAGGAAGUUGAUAAUUGAACAUCGUACUUCUUUCACAGAUAUAUUAGGGAGGAUUCCUUCAGGAGACCUCAGGAAUCUCGACGACCAGGGAAAGGCCGGGCGGUAUGUGGACCUCAAGAUGAGAGAUUUCAUGAGCUAUUAUCCUCUCGUCAGAGACAAGGGCAGCAUCCAGAUAUUCGACGUCACAACCUCACUAUUGUAUUUUAGCGAGUAUUUCUCUAUGACAGGUAGAUGUGACUUCUACAUAGCGAAAGAGAAGUUCAUCCCGACGAUGUAUGCCAUGGUCAAUCAGAAGAAUAGCCCACUCACACCAGCCAUCAAUGCCAGAAUUCGCCGUAUAGUAGAAUCGGGUCUGUACAAUUACUGGGUCUUCAGGAACAGUAACAACAUAACAGCUUGCGCAAAUCCACCAAUGACAAUCGUACUAAUGGAUCCCAUUGGCAUUGGCAGCAUUUGGGGCCUUGCUGUGAUUUGGACAGCCGGUAUGACCGUUGCUGCCAUCGCCUUCACUGGGGAGAUGGCAGUUGCUUGGCUGAACAGAGAUAGCCGGUCGGAAGAUACGAAAUAGCUGCGCAGGAGACGACGUCGUGACACUCCCCUGAUUCCUCCUUGAUUUCAGACCCAAGAACGCCCUUCGAUGCCUUCUGAUAAUAAUUUUUGUAGAUGCUCUUUAUAACUAUUACUAGAUCCAUUUGCUUUCGAAAACUUAAGACAGAAAUAUCUGAAAGUAUUUAGAAUACAGGAGAGAUGUUGUACCCCAGAUUUGUAGGAAUUUCAAAGGCGUUGUUUUGUUGUAAUGAACUUUUCAGGCUUCCUAGAGCCCUCUUGCAAAUGACAUUUUUGGACGAAAUUUGAAUUCGUUUAGUUCAGUAUUUUUGUGGAAUGGGGGAUGAGAGGCCCUGAAAAGGAUAGAUGCUUAUUUGUACGGUAAGGAAAAGGGACUUAAUUCGAUUUAAAAUUUAUGAUGGAUAUAAGAUUCGUACAAGAUGUAUUGGCAGCUGAUGAUCAUGGUGUGAAGCCGCAAGCACCGGUGAACGAGUAUGGCGGUGUUUGUAAGCAGAGGAAAUUUAAUGUCAUGAUGUCAUGCUAGCAAGAGCAAGAGCAAUGUUAUUGGGUAAAUGAAAGCCAGGAAAAUGGAGCAAUGAAUGUCAGUAAGAAUGGUAGACGAAUGAAAGUGGUGGAUCCAUAUAACCAUUUAGAAAGUAAAUGUAAAGAAUGACAAUGCAAUGACAGAAGUGGUGAGUCACAGAAUGCGUGAAGUGAGGAUGGAACCAUUGUAUACAAAGGUCUGAAUGAAAGGAAGAAUACCAGUAGUAGCAACAGUUAGGAUGUGAAUAGGAAUAACUGACAGCAUUUACUUAUGGAAUUCAAGUGUGGUGGUAUAGUAUGAAUUACUGUUUGUGAAACAUACGCAGAGUAAGGAAGGUUGAAAGUGGAAGAAUAAACAAGACAAGCCGUCCAAACAUUAUUAUAGCUAGAAAGGUGAAUCAAAAUCUGAUGAUGAUUUGGUCAUGUGGACAGAGAAGUGUCAGAAAUUCAUUUUAUGCGUGCAACACCAUAAAGGGAACAAGAGACGUAAAAUCAGUUCAUGAAGAUGAUAAUGGUCUGGUCGUGUGGACAGAUUGAAUGACGAAAAAGCAGGGGAAAUUGAGUGGAAUGCAAUAGCCUUUAUAACCCGGAUUACAGCUCAGAGGUACAUAAGUGUACAGAGAGGUAUGUAGGCGAAGAGAUAUAUCUAUGGGUAGGCGUGCUGCUAAUGAGCUAUUUAUAUAGUGGCAGAUAUUGUGGAAGUUUUAUGCCCUGAGGAUUCUGAGUAGAACCAUCCCAUUAGCGAAAAUGUUUUAUUAGUAAAAGAAUUUUUCCGUAUGUUUAGAAGCCGGGAACUAAAUUUUUUAAAUUAUUAUUUUAUGGAAUAUGUAAGGAGAGCUUCACCCUUUUUAAUAAACUAUAUGCGAAGAAGAGGAAAAGCUAAGGGUGAGGAAUGAGUGAAAUUGUAAUGAAAUAAACGAGUAUUAGUAAUCAUAAACAAAUAGUUAAAUAAACAAACCCGCAACAAGGAAGAAGUUCGUGUCAAGAUUCUAUCACUGUAAGAAUCUAUGAGAACAUUACGGCUAUUUUUGCUUCCAACUACACGUUUGGUUGUCCACCAUUUCCGUGUAAUUCAUGUCUGAUAUAUUGAUCACAAUAUAAUGGCAUCAUACUGGACAAGGCUACAGCUAAGAA